AUGAUAUCCACCUGCUCACCGGCCUCCAUCAAGAACUGCCCCCGGCCCUCCUCUGUCUGCUCCAGCAGCAUGAGCUGCCAGCCUGAGCUGUGCCUGGGUUACGUCUGCCAGCCAGUGACAUGCGUGCCUUCCAUCUGCACGCCCACCACCUACCGGCUGGCCAGCUGCCUCUCCAAGACCUACCUCUCCAGCUCCUGCCGGCCAGCCAGUGGCAUCUCCAGCUCCCUGGGAACCUGCAGCUGGUACUGUGAAGGCACCUUCAAUGGCAGUGAGAAGGAGACCAUGCAGUUCCUGAACGACCGCCUGGCCAGCUACCUGGAGAAGGUGCGCCAGCUGGAGCGGGAGAACACGGAGCUGGAGGGCAAGAUCCAAGAGGCCUGCCAAGCCCAGGUGCCCAUAUGUCCUGACUACCAGUCUUACUUCAGGACCAUCGAGGAGCUCCAGCAGAAGGUUCUUUGCACCAAGGCAGAGAAUGCCAGGAUGGUCGUGCACAUUGAUAAUGCCAAGCUGGCUGCUGAUGACUUCAGGACCAAGUACGAGACGGAACUGGCCAUGCGGCAGCUGGUGGAGGCUGACACCAACGGCCUGCGCAGGAUCCUGGACGAGCUGACCCUGUGCAAGGCCGACCUGGAGGCCCAGGUGGAGUCCCUGAAGGAGGAGCUUCUCUGCCUCAAGAAGGACCAUGAAGAGGAAGUCAGUGCCCUCCGAUGCCAGCUUGGGGACUGCCUUAACAUUGAGGUGGAUGCCGCGCCCCCUGUGGACCUGAACAGGAUGCUGGAAGAGAUGCGGUGUCAGUACGAGGCAGUGGUAGAGACCAACCACAGGGACGUGGAAGAAUGGUUCAACACGCAGAUGGAAGAGCUCAACCAGCAGGUGGCCACGAGCUCUGAGCAGCUUCAGAGCUAUCAGUCGGACAUCAUUGAUCUGAGACGAACAGUCAACACGCUGGAGAUCGAGCUGCAGGCCCAGCACAGCCUGAGGGACUCGCUGGAAAACACCCUCACCGAGACCGAGGCCCGCUACAGCUCCCAGCUGGCCCAGAUGCAGGGCCUAAUCACCAACGUGGAGGCCCAGCUGGCAGAGAUCCGCUGCGACCUGGAGCGGCAGAACCAGGAGUACAGGGUGCUGCUGGAUGUCAAGGCCCGGCUGGAGGGCGAGAUCAACACCUACUGGGGCCUGCUGGAGAGCGAGGACUGCAAGUUGCCCUGUAACCCCUGCUCCACUCCCUCCUGUCCCCCUUGUGCGCCCUCCCCUAGUGUGCCCCGGACCGUCGUCCCCCGCACUGUCAUCGGCAUGCCUUGUCCACCCUGCCCUCCCGGCCGCUACUGA